AUGGCCGCCAAAGCAGGAAAGAACAAGGCUCCGGUCUAUGUCCUCGGUGUGGGUAUGACCAAGUUCAUCAAGCCUCGUGGCAAGGUCGAUUACACAGAGCUCGGAUUUGAGGCUGGUGUCAAGGCUUUGAUCGAUGCGGGUGUUAACUAUGAUGAUAUGGAGGCUGGUGUGGCGUGUUACUGCUAUGGUGACAGCACUUGCGGACAGCGAGUAUUCUACCAGUUUGGAAUGACUCAAAUCCCCAUUUACAACGUCAACAACAACUGCUCAACCGGCUCAACCGGCAUCCACCUCGGCCGAACCAUGAUCGCAGGCGGCAUGGCCGACGCCGUCCUCGUCGUCGGAUUCGAAAAGAUGAACCCAGGCUCCCUCCAAUCCUACUUCAACGACCGCGCCAAUCCCACCGGCACCACCGGCCAAAUGAUGCUCGAAACCCGCGGCCGCACCAACGCCCCUCACGCCGCCCAACUCUUCGGCAACGCCGGCCGCGAAUACAAGGAGAAAUACGGCGCAAAGAACGAAGACUUUGGCGAGAUCGCCCGUAUCAACCACGAACACUCCAAGCGCAACCCCUACUCCCAGUUCAUGGACGAUUACACCCUCGAUCAAAUCAUGGGCUCGACUAUGAUCCACGAACCUUUGACCAAACUUCAAUGCUGCCCGACUUCUGACGGAGGUGCCGCCGCUGUUCUCGUUUCCCAAGCUUUCCUCGACGCCCGCCCUCACCUCAAAGACCAAGCCGUCCUCAUCGCCGGCCAGACCCUCGCGACCGACGCUCCCUCCCUCUUUUCCCGCUCCGCUAUCGACCUUAUGGGCUUCGACAUGACUAAAUACGCCGCCAAGACCGCCAUGGAAGAAGCCGGCGUAACCCCCGAAGAUGUCAAAGUAUGCGAACUCCACGACUGCUUCUCCGCCAACGAGAUGAUCGUCAUCGACGCCCUCGGCCUCUCUGAGCACGGCAAAGCCCACGAGAUGGUGCGUCGCGGGGACAUCACCUAUGGCGGGAAGAUGGUCAUCAACCCCUCUGGAGGACUUAUUUCCAAGGGUCACCCGCUCGGCGCGACGGGUCUUGCUCAGUGCUGUGAGUUGAUCUGGCACUUGCGAGGAUGGGCGAACAACCGUCUUGUGCCCGACACGACGGUCGCGUUGGCGCACAAUUUGGGACUGGGAGGUGCGGUUGUGGUGACGGUUUAUAAGCGCGCGGAUGGCAAGGCGCCGAAGAAGGUUAGCGAUGAGGAGGUUGCGAAGGUGUCGCCGUUUGGGUACAAUCCCGCGACGCAGGCGAGGGGGUUCACAAAGGCGCAGGCGGAUGGCGCGAGGAGUAAGAAGAUGCGGUCCGACUAUGCCUUGCAGGACAUUGAACAGAAAGUCGAGAGCAGAUUCUAG